CACGUACCCAAACCGUACUGUUUAUAUAUUCACUUGAUCCGUCAGGGUAUUGUUGAAUAUAUAGUUAUUUUUAUUAACAAAGAUCUAAUAUAAAUGUACUACUCUUGCAGAAUAUAUGGUUCUCUGAAAAUAAGUUACAAUGAGAAUUCAGACGUAUAAGCGAAAGCUUACAACUUGCGUAAGAUAUCCUUUACCAACAACUACGACUUGAUAUCCUAAUUCCUGCAUUAUAGAAAAUUUUAAAGGAGUUGUCUAUUGAAUAUAGAAAAAAAUAAAACGUAAGAUGUCUUAUAAACCAGCAGUCCCUGUUCCGGUGGAAGAGCAACCCAUUUUGGAGAAACUCAUUGGAAUUCGUCAGAGGUUAGCUGUUUUGAAGCGGGAUCGAACUCGAUACAUUGACAAAAAUGAUGUUUUUAAUUUAUACAAUCAAUUAGUGGAACAAUUGGAAUUAAUAGACAAGAGAAGGACGUCAGACAAAAUUCGUAAUAUAGUCGAUACUCAAUUAGAGGACUGCCUGCAUUUAUUGUCGCUGUUCUAUCUGGCAAUUGGUCGGAACAAUGAUCUACCUGCAUUCUUUGUGCAGCUAGGCACCGUAAGACGUUUGUUAGAAUAUAGUUUGGAAGGUGCUUGUUAUACUCAAAAUGAUCUGAAGCCUUUGAAAGAGCGGCUUGAACGAAUUCGGACUGCUAUUUUGGAAGGUGCUCAGAAAGAAGAAGCUUCGCCUGUUGUGGUAAAAUACCUAAAAAAUAAGCUUGAACAAUGUGACAAGAAUUACAGCGAAGCUCAAAGCAACAUUUCGAAGAUUGCACCAGAACUUACAGCAGUUCAGACUCGGCUUGUGUCUAUCCGUCGUCAAAUUGAUGGUUUCGCUGUGCGACCAACGAAUGAUGGAGAUUUCAUUGAUCAUUUGAUGAAACAAUUGAAGGAGAUUGAAGAAAUGAGAGACUCUGAUGGAAAAUUUGUUGACGAUCAAGGCCAACCACUACAAGGACAAGAAUUAUGCAAUGGGAUUUUAGAAGAAUGCUUUAGCUUUUUGGAAGAUGCAAAAUCAAAGCAAGGACUUUCAGACGAGAUGAAAAGCAGUCCGAGAUUUCAACAAAUCUAUUGUCGCCUUGAUGAACUAUUAAAUAAAUUAAAACAUCUUACGUUAACACACCGAUGGACGCUAAGAGAAACCGAUUUGUAUGUUUAUAGAGCUUCGUUGGCGGAAAUUGAUUCUAUGCGAAGUGACGGCCAGUUCCUGGAUGAAAAUGGAAAUGCACCCGCUGGUCAAAGAAUUUUGCUUUACUUAUUAAGACGAUGCUAUGCCUAUAUAUACCAACUGUUGUCUGCCAGUGAACCCGUUUCUGAGGAAUUGAUGACUGUUCACAACCAAUUACGUACUGUGAAGCGUUGCUUACAAGAGGUACAAAGGAGUGGAGGAAUUUACUCGGAAAGAGAUCUGUAUCCGUAUCAGAUGAAAUUAGCUUCACUUGAGAAGCUUCGGGUGAAUGGAUACUUUUUGGCGUCAGAUAAUUCAAUUCCAGAGGGUCAGGAAUUAGUCAAUUCUUUGUUAACCCAAUGCCAUCAACUUAUUGAAGAAAUCCGUGAUGAAAAGCACCAGCAUGACAUUGAAGAAGAUGAGGCAAUUACCAGAACCAGUGAAAGCAGUUAGUAUGGAGGCUUUAUAAUGAUGCAUUAGAAUAAUCUUUUCUUGUUUUUAGGGUUCUCUUUUGAAAUGCGAGAGCUGAAAAAGAAUACUUCAAAGUUAUAAUAGCUCAUACUUUUUUUUAUUUUCUUAUAUAAAAAAUUUAUUUAUUUGGAUGAUCAACCGAUUAUAGAAAGUUACUAACAGUCUUAGUCGUCUGAGGAAUUCAAUAUAUUGUAUUACUUCAAAAAAA